AUGAUGAAGCCCAUGCCAAUGCCCAUGAGACCCCGACUGCCUCCGAGCAGCAGCAUGCUCAGUCUGGCCUCCAAAGCUAACCCUGUCAUCUCCAAGGAACUAGCCGAUGUCGCCUGUGAUUCCCAGUGCAGCCAUACUCAUCACCACGAGGACAAGGACCACAACCAGAAGAAACGACCUCAUGAUCAGGAACCUGAACCUACUAGUGCCGGUACUACUACUAGUACGAGUAGUAGUACAUGUACCGGUAGUACCGGUACUCCUCCUGUCAGCUUCAGUGGCCUGAACAAGGCAGAGGAGACAAUGUCAUGCAGUGGCAGUACGAGUAUGAGCGAAGUGAAGAAAGUACAGACACAUCAUGUAGAUCCCCUGAUCCCGUGUACCUCCACUCACCUGUUGUCCUAUAGCCUAGAAGAGCACACUCCGAUACCCCUUAUGGAACAACCACAACCGCAGUGGCACGGGGCAUCCUUUUCCAGUUUGGAUUUCCUAGAGUUUGACGACGAUCAGCCGGAAUUGAUGGAUCUUCAGGAAAGUUUUACCACCAUAUGCAGCCAGGUCGAUCCCUCCCUGCUCAUCACCACGCAAGAGCAAGGAGUGGCCAAGUCACUGCAAGGCACAACUACUAGUAUGCAUGAUAUGAUGAUGAGCACUUCUGAGCAUGAGACUAGCAUUACCAGUGCCAGCGGUAACACAAUGUUGCAUCAGACCUGCCUGCUCUUUCCUCAAAGUGCUCCCGUCGUCCGAACAGCUCUCUUGGAGUGUCCCCCAGCCGCACUCAUUCCGAGCCAAGUGCCACUCAAUGGGUACACCUUCCCCUUGCACAUUGCCAUUUCCCACGCCGCAAACCUUCCCGUCGUACAAAUGUUGGCACAGGCGGGACCUUGUAUUCUCCUGCAACAGGACGGUCCACUCGGUUUGACGCCCUUGGCAGUGGCACUGCACUGGAUAUUGCAAAACAAGACAUCCGCAUCCACUAGAAUGAUGAGAAACGUCAUGGAUGUUCUACGAUUCCUCCUAAGUGCACAACCCAAAGCCGCCGGAAUCCCCUGUGGGCCCCCUCAAGACUUGCCCCUGCACAUGGCCUGUCGCUAUCAUCCGGCUACGCCCUUGCAACUCGAAAUUGUCGAAGCCCUCAUUCCGGCCAAUACCGGAGCACUCGUGCUCGUCAAUCGACAAGGUCUCACGCCCAUGGACUUGUUGUUGCAACAACAGCAACGCGAUGCUCAAGACAACGAAUACCACUUUCGGGUACUCUCCUGUCUCAAGUUUGCCGCCAACAUGACGCGUCCUUCGCUCCCGACGCUCUGUAGCAGUGCUCCGGCCAAGAGACACAAAAUGUCCUUGUGUUGA